UAAAAAUUAUUUGUUUGCAGCAGCUCCAGCCUUCCGGAAUUUUUCCUCUACUAAUAAUAAGCUGUUGCUUUUUUAUUUUAUUUUUACUGUGGUUUCGCCAUAUCUGGAGGUACCAAAGAUGGUACUUUUUUUAUUAAAGAGUUCUAAUAAAGAAAUGGAUCCUAGCUGAGCUGCUGGACUGCUCUAAAUUCCCAUUAGCCAAUUUUGACAUGUUUGCUUCAAGUCGAGAUGCUGAUCAAAUCUAUGAUUUUGAGAGCGAAGAAAAUUCAGCGAAAUGGAAAAACCUUCUUAUAAAUGCUUUAUCGAAGGUUCAGUUUCAAGUGCAUCCUUCUCUCACUGCAAAGGAAGAGGCGUUGGGAUAUGUAGAAACACUUAUAUUUCGCCUUCUCGGCAUGCUGUGUGCGGCCCAGCCACACACAGUUCAGGAUGUAGAGGAAAGAGUUCAAAAGACAUUUCCUCAUCCGAUUGAUAAAUGGGCUAUUGGUGACGCUCAGAGUGCAAUAGAAAAAGGCAAAAAGAAGUCAUCACUUGUCUUACCUGUAGAAAAAAUUCACCCGCUUUUACAGAAGGAAAUAUUAGGUUAUAAAGUGGAUAUACAAGUAACUCAAUAUAUUGUUGCUGUUUUGGAAUAUAUAUCUGCUGAUAUACUUAAGUUGGCUGGUAAUUAUGUUAAAAAUAUUCGUCAUGUUGAAAUUACCUGUCAAGACAUCAAAGUUGCCAUGUGUGCUGAUAAGGUUCUCAUGGAUAUGUUUUAUCAAGAUGAUGAUGUGAAUUUAAGCAUAGAAGAAGAACCCGUGAGACGAACUUCUCUAACAUAUGAUGAAGUUGUAAAAGAUCUUAUUCAUGAAGAAAAACAAUAUAUUAGAGAUCUAAAUAUGAUUAUCAAAGUUUUUAGAGAACCUUUUGUUGAAAUAUUCUACAAGAGCAAAGCAUUAGAUGCAAUAUUUAGCAACAUCUUGGAAAUUUAUGAUUUUUCGGUCUCACUUCUUGGAACCUUUGAAGAUGCUUUAGAAAUGGCUGAAGAGAAUCGAAAUCCAUCUAUCGGCGCAUGCUAUGAAGAGCUUGCUGAAUAUCAAGAAUUUGAUGUUUAUGACAAAUAUGCUCAUGAUAUACUAAUGCCUGAAAGUAAAGAAAGGUUGAUGUCACUUAUUCAACAGCCUGAUGUUAAUCAUUCCCUACAGUGUGCUGGCCAUGGUUUUCCUGAAGCUUGCAAAUAUGUUCUUCCAAAAUUACUUUUAGUUCCUGUAUUUCAUUGUUUCCAUUAUUUUGAAUUCCUAAAGGUUCUAAAGAAGCUGACCCCUUCUGCAGAAGAUCGAGAGAGCUUAGAACAAGCAGAAGGUGUUUUUCAGCCUUUAAAAGCUGAACUGGAAAGGCUUUGUAGUAAUGUUCUGCCAAAAAGAAAGCAAGGUGAGGCAUUUUCUAGAAUAUAUCAUAAAGGCAAUCGUCAAGCUUCAAUUCAGAAAAUGAAUGAGCUUCAGCGAAGUAUUGACGGUUGGGAAGGAAAAGAUAUAGGCCAAUGCUGCAAUGAAUUUGUGAUGGAUGGUACCCUUGGAAAAGUUGGCUCAGGUGGGAGACGGUUAACUGAAAGACAAGUUUUUCUGUUUGAUGGCUUAAUGAUACUAUGCAAACCAAAUAAUAAACGUUCAAGUGUCACUGGGCCAGUAGCUGAGUAUCGCUUUAAAGAAAAGUAUUACCUCCGGAAAAUUGAAAUUAUUGAUCGAGAUGAUACUGAUGAACUUAAAAAUGCCUUUGAAAUCGCACCAAGAGAGCAGUUGCACAUAGUUCUUUUUGCCAAAACAGCUGAAGAAAAAAGCAAUUGGAUGGCCAAUUUAAUAAUGCUUAAUACAAGAAGUAUGUUGGAACGGACUCUUGAUAGCAUAUUACUUGAUGAAGAAAAGAAGCAUCCACUUAGACUUCCUUCUCCAGAUCAGUAUAGAUUUGCUGUUGAAGAUUCUGAAUCCAAUAUUAUUUUUGAGGAGAACAAAUCAAAUGCUGGUGUUCCUAUAAUAAAAAGUGCAACUCUUCUUAAACUUGUGGAAAGAUUAACUUAUCAUAUGUAUGCAGAUCCAAUGUUUGUUAGAACUUUUCUUACAACUUACAGAUCAUUUUGUCAACCCAUGGAACUGUUAGAUCUUCUUAUUGAAAGAUUUGAAAUUGAAGAUCCACCUCCUCCAGCUGCACUUUUGGAUAGAUCUUUAGAUGAUACAGUUAAAGAAAAUUAUAGAAAUUCCUAUAGGGAGGAUCUGAAACGCUUUAGGAAAGAAUAUUGCCAACCUGUUCAAUUUAGGGUUUUAAAUGUUUUACGCCACUGGGUUGAUCAUCAUUUUUAUGAUUUUGAAAGAGAUCCUGCUCUCCUCUCUGCCUUACGCUUCUUUUUGGAGGAUAAAGUAAAAGGGAAAAGUAUGAGAAAAUGGGUAGAAUCUAUAAACAAAGUUAUCCAUCGAAGAUUGGAAGCAGUGGAAGAACCACGUGAGAUCACCUUUGGUUUCGAGAAGAUUCCUCCACCAAUUGAGUGGUUUCUGAGCAAUACUUAUGAAAAGUUUGAUCUUUUAACUUUGCAUCCUAUUGAAAUUGCUCGGCAACUUACUUUGUUGGAAUUCGAACUCUACCGAAGUGUAAAACCUUCCGAAUUGGUUGGAAGUGUCUGGACAAAAAAGGAUAAAAUGAAGACAUCUCCAAACCUAAUGAAAAUGAUCCAUCAUUCUUCUAAUUUUACUUUCUAUCUGGAAAAGUGUAUAAUAGAGACUGAAAAUUUUGAAGAACGUGUUGCUGUGGUUUCCAGAGUGUUAGAAAUUAUGAUUGUAUUACAAGAAUUAAAUAAUUUUACUGGAGUUCUAGAAGUAGUUGGAGCUAUGAAUUCAGCAUGUGUCCAUCGACUUGAACAUACAUUGAAUGGUGUCAAGUAUAGCUUAAAGAAAUCAUUGGAGGAAGCUCAAGAAUUAAAUUCAGAUCACUUCAAAAAAUACCAAGAGAAAUUGCGAUCGAUCAAUCCUCCAUGUGUUCCUUUCUUUGGUAUGUACUUAACUAACAUUCUUCAUAUUGAGGAAGGAAAUCCAGAUUUCUUACCAAAUGCUGAGGGCAUGAUCAACUUCAGUAAAAGACGUAAAGUCGCUGAAAUUACUGGCGAAAUACAGCAAUAUCAAAACCAGCCUUAUUGCCUUACAAGUCAACCUGAUAUAAGAAGGUUUCUUGAAAACUUAGACCCCUUAGAAGGAAGGACUGACAAAGCAUUUAAUGAUUAUUUGUACAAUAAAUCUUUAGAAAUUGAACCAAGGGGGUGUAAGCAACCACCUAAGUUUCCCCGAAAAUGGCCUGAUUUACCAUUAAAAUCACCUGGCAUCAAACCUAGACUCUCUCGUUCUGGACACCAUCCAAUCAGUUUGCCAACUGAUUCUCGCAAUUUUAGCAUUAGUAGCUCUCAGAUCAAUCAAGAUGAUGAUGACACACAGUCAUUUGUUAUUACACCUCCAAAUCCUUCCACACCAUUGACUCCUACAUUUUCUACAAAUGCUUACAAUAGUGACCACAGCAUAUUUGCUCCAGUUAUGAUAGGAAGUAUGAGUGCACUUUCAAUAUCAGAAACGCCCGUCACUUAUCCUUCAAGCCCAUCUUUCACCAGCAAUAAUGUUCCAUCAUCACUACCUCCACCAUUGCCAAACCCACCUUCAUUGCCACCGCCACCACUACCGCCUAGACGGAAAAGAGAAUCCUCAGUGGGUGACACAUCCCCCUGCACAAAACAAGCCACAGAUGCCCCUCUUUUGCCUCCGCGGGAAACUAGUCCACCACCAUUGCCUCCACGAAGAGACCUCUCUGGUGCUUCGGGAACUUUGCCACGGAUGCAUUCGGCUUCUAAUUUCCCGCCUGUCCAUAGGCCGUCUAAUAUUACUUGGAGCAAUGUACCAAGUGAAGUGACUCUUCCCAGAAGGAACUCUGCUUUAGAUGUUGCCAAUGUGCCACAAACAGCACCACGUCGCCUUUCCCAGUCUUCGCUGAAUGACGCUUCUGCAGUUGUGUCGCCAGGCGCACAUUUUUCACUAUCUCCUAUCCCGGUUGCCCAUCAUACUUCUGUAGGAGUUCUGGACAGUGCCAUAGCAUUGUUGCCUCCACCACAUUCUAGUAGAUCUACACCGCAGUUGCCUCCUAAGACACAUAGGCAGACCCUUCUUAUGAAUAAUCAUGCUCCUAGGUAGCCUCUAGUUUAAAAUAUUAUAAGAAACUGAAAGAUAAAACUUGGGAAUUUAUAGUAAUUAUCUUAUUAUGUACAUAUUCAGAAACUAUUUUCUUAGAAUCAAAAAGUUUAGCCAGGUUUACUGGAAGAUUCUCUGAAAGCCGGAUUUAUUGUGGUGUCUAAUUUUCAUUUGUACAUAGAACAUAUAUGCAUGUAUAUACAGGCAUUCUAAAUCAUAUAUGACAAGAUGAUUCCAUAAUAAUUUUUUGAAGCAUGGAUUUCAGCCAUUGCGUAGAUUGAAUUGCUCAAGGCAAAGAUGAUUUGUUUGUGUGUACAUAGAAUAAUUUGUUGUAUCAUAUGUUAUUUUGAAAAUAUUAGUUAAAUGUAUUAAUUCUGUACAGAAAAGAUGAUUAAAAAAUGGAAUUAUAUAAAUAAAAGUAGUCAAUCAUAAA